GUUUUUCAAAUAUUUUUAAGCAACCUAUUUUUAUUUUCGUUAAAAGUACUGCAGUUGGCAUACACCUGUCAGUCUAUGUAAACUUCCUGCAUCUGCAAAGGGACUGGGAGUGGAUCUGCCAUCCCUUCCCCCAUCACCACCACCACCACCACCACCAUCAUCAUCAUCAUCACCGCCGGACCAGUGAACACCGGGCUCGGCACAUCAUUUCACCGUUAUGGCAAAUGAAUUCCCAAACAACAGAGAAGGAACUGCAAACUCACGCCGUGCCAACCUCACGUCGUCUCUAGACCUAACCACGUCCUUAGAUCACAGUGUGCAGACGCGGAUUUUUAAAAUCAUUGUCAUCGGGGACUCAAAUGUGGGCAAGACCUGUUUAACCUUCCGCUUCACCGGCGGAGCCUUCCCCUGUAAGACUGAAGCCACAAUCGGCGUGGAUUUCAGGGAGAAAGCAGUGGAGAUCGAGGGCGAGAAAAUAAAGGUGCAAGUAUGGGACACAGCGGGGCAGGAGCGCUUUCGGAAGAGCAUGGUGGAGCAUUACUACCGCAAUGUGCAUGCUAUCGUAUUUGUAUAUGACGUAACAAAAAUGGCAUCCUUCCAGAACCUAAAGACCUGGAUUCAGGAGUGUAAUGGGCACGGGGUGUCAUCCUCGGUGCCUUGUGUACUGGUGGGUAACAAAUGUGACCUAGUUGACCAGAUCCAGGUCCCUUCCAUCACUGCCCUCAAGUUUGCCGAUGCUCAUAACAUGCUACUGUUUGAAACGUCAGCCAAAGAUCCCAAGGAGAGCCAAAAUGUGGACUCCAUUUUCAUGUGCCUGGCAUGUCGUCUAAAAGCCCAAAGAUCUCUGAUCUACAGAAACAUGGAAAGAGAAGGCUGCAGAGUGAAGCUGACACAUCAGCCCGACCCUAAGAGUAACUGCCUGUGUUGAGGACCUUAAACUGUGAAAUUAUUAACAUUGAUCAUUCACGAUGCAAGGAUGUGCCUGCAACUAAUUUUAGUUACUUUAUUACAGCUGCUCCAAUAACUUUUUUUUUGUGUUCUUAUCUUUCGUUCUUUUCUUUUUUUCAAUUACACCAUCACUAAAAAGGCAAAUCCCACAAAACCUGUCAAGAACAUUCAAAAUGUAUGUCAUCUCAAAAUCAAAAGAAAUAAAUGAGAAGUUAAGUUUUGCUGACAGAAAAUGAUACCUUUUAAGAACAUUUUUGCAUUAUGACAUUAUUAUCAUGACAGUUAAGCACACAUUCCCCAUUACUGCAAUGCAAAUCAUUACUGUAAUGCAAAAUGUAUAUAUAUAUUAAUAUACUUCCUUUAAUUUAUGCUGAUUUAAAUAAAACUGUAAAAAAAAUUCUAAUGGCCCUAUAAUAUGUUUCAGUUUAUUAAUCAAAAAAAAUAAAUAAUGCAACCUGGACAUGUUUACACAAGAUUUCUUCCAUCUGAUAUAUUUCCAAUCCCUCAUACUUAAUUCAGGGCACACUUUACAACCUAACUAAUCUUUAAAGGUCUGAAGAAACGUGACAUUUGUUGGAUUUACAGUAAUUUGUUUCUGUCAAACAUUUGUUUGGAUUCAUCCAUCAGCAUACAAUCAAGUGCACAUAUCAUUUAGUUGAAUAAAGGAAUAAACCUUCCAGCACUGCAUGAAGAGUUUCCCAUGAGUUCCUACAAUGAUCAUUUAAAAUGUUUGUAUUGCCUUAAAACAUAUAAAUUUGCCACCGUUGCAAGUUAUUUCUCAAAGCCUUGUGAUUAAAAAAUAUAAUAUUUGUCCGCUCACUAAGUGCAUGGAUACAUUUGAAACCAUUUCAAAUUACGAUUUAAACGUUCUGAUGAUUAGCAUUAAAUAGUUUUUGACCCAAAUGUUAAUGUAAUCUGAUAACACUCAUAAUUUAACUCAUGCUUAUUUUCAAGCAGCUUGGGAAAGAGUGUAACUACGUUUUAUGUAGCAUCACAGUAUUUCACCAGCUUAAGGCUGUUCUUCCAAAUGCAUAAACACUCAAAUAUUUACAAAUGCAAGGUUCAAACAGGCCAGUGAUUGUUACAUUUUUAUUAAAAAGAACCAGAAAAUAAUGAUUUUAACUUGACAGAGAAAGGCAGUAUGAGUGAUUCUGCAGAAGGGGUUGCUGGCAAUAUGGAAAUGAUGAUUAUGGGAUGAGAGAGUGCAAUUUGGUGCACCUGUGAUUGUUUUUGUU